AUGCGUUUUGCUUCCUUACGUCAAUCUCGCUUCCUUACGUCGCCCACGCUUCCUUACGUCGCCCGCGCUUCCUUACGGAACUCACGUUUCCUUUCGUCGCACACGCUUCCGGUCGUCUCUCCCUUCCAUUCGCCGCCCUCCCUUCCGCCCGUCGCCUUCCAUCCGCUCGUCGCCCACCCUUUUGCCCGUCGCCCUCCCUGGCGCACGUCGUUCUCCCAUCCGCGCGUUGUAUCUCCCAUCCGCGCGUCGCCCUCCCUUCCGCCCGUCGCCCUCCCUUCCGCACGCCGCCCUCACUUCCGCCCGUCGCCCUCCCUGGCGCAUGCCGCCCUCCCUUCUGCGCGUCGCCCUCCCAUCCGCCCGUCGCCCUCCCAUCCACGCGUCGCCCUCCCAUCCGCCCGUCGCCCUCCCUUCCGCCCGUCGCCCUCCCUUCCGCCCGUCGCCCUCCCAUCCAAGCGUCGCCCUCCCUUCCGCCCCUCCCUUCCGCCCGUCGCCCUCCCUCCCGCCCGUCGCCCUCCCUUCCGCCCUGCCAUCCACGCCGCGCCGCCCUCGCCAUCCCUCCCGUCUCCCAUCCCAUCGCGCACACUGGUCACCCUCCCUUUUCUACCCCUACACACGCCCUUCCCACCCCCCAAUAAUCGCAAAUCUCCCCCACACUGCUUACCUCUCCCACUCUCCCCAUCCCCUUCCAUGCCGCCUCCAAUCCCCUUCCCUGCUUUCCCCCCUCCCCUUCCCUGCUUCCCCCCAUCCCCUUCACUGCUUCCCCCCCUCCCCUUCCCUGCUUCCCCAUGUCCCCUUCCCUGCUUCCCCCCAUCCCCUUCCCUGCUUCCCCCCAUCCCCUUCCCUGCUUCCCCCCAUCCCCUUCCCUGCUUCCCCCCAUCCCCUUCCCUGCUUCCCCCCAUCCCUUUCCCCGAUUCCCCAUGGCCCGUUCCCUGCUUCCCCCCUUCCCCUUCCCUGCUUCCCCCCAUCCCCUUCCCCGAUUCCCCCCAUCCCCUUCCCUGCUUCCCCCCAUCCCCUUCCCUGCUUCCCCCCAUCCCUUUCCCCGAUUCCCCAUGGCCCGUUCCCUGCUUCCCCCCUUCCCCUUCCCUGCUUCCCCCCAUACCCUUCCACGAUUCCCCCCAUCCCCUUUCCUGCUUCCCCCCAUCCCCUUCCCUACUUCCCCCCAUCCCCUUCCCUGCUUCCCCAUGUCCCCUUCCCUGCUUCCCCCCAUCCCCUUCCCUGCUUCCCCCCAUCCCCUUCCCUGCUUCCCCAUGUCCACGUCCCUGCUUCCCCCCAUUCCCUUCCCUGCUUCCCCCCAUCCCCUUCCCUGCUUCCCCCUAUCCCCUUCCCUGCUUCCCCCCAUCCCUUUCCCCGAUUCCCCAUGGCCCGUUCCCUGCUUCCCCCCAUCCCCUUCCCUGCUUCCCCCCAUCCCCUUCCCUGCUUCCCCAUGUCCACGUCCCUGCUUCCCCCCAUUCCCUUCCCUGCUUCCCCCCAUCCCCUUCCCUGCUUCCCCCUAUCCCCUUCCCUGCUUCCCCCCAUCCCUUUCCCCGAUUCCCCAUGGCCCGUUCCCUGCUUCCCCCCAUCCCCUUCCGUGCUUCCCCCCAUCCCCUUCCGUGCUUCCCCCCAUCCCCUUCCCCGAUUCCCCAUGUCCCGUUCCCUGCUCCCCCCCAUCCCCUUCCCUACUUCCCCCCAUCCCCUUCCCUGCUUCCCCAUGUCCACUUCCCUGCUUCCCCCCAUCCCCUUCCCUGCUUCCCCAUGUCCCCUUCCCUGCUUCCCCCCAUCCCCUUCCCUGCUUCCCCCCAUCCCCUUCCCUGCUUCCCCCCAUCCCCUUCCCUGCUUCCCCCCAUCCCUUUCCCCGAUUCCCCAUGGCCCGUUCCCUGCUUCCCCCCAUCCCCUUCCGUGCUUCCCCCCAUCCCCUUCCGUGCUUCCCCCCAUCCCCUUCCCUGCUUCCCCAUGUCCCCUUCCCUACUUCCCCCCAUCCCCUUCCCUGCUUCCCCAUGUCCCCUUCCCUGCUUCCCCCCAUCCCCUUCCCUGCUUCCCCAUGUCCACGUCCCUGCUUCCCCCCAUUCCCUUCCCUGCUUCCCCCCAUCCCCUUCCCUGCUUCCCCCCAUCCCCUUCCCUGCUUCCCCCCAUCCCUUUCCCCGAUUCCCCAUGGCCCGUUCCCUGCUUCCCCCCAUCCCUUUCCGUGCUUCCCCCCAUCCCCUUCCGUGCUUCCCCCCAUCCCCUUCCGUGCUUCCCCCCAUCCCCUUCCCCGAUUCCCCAUGUCCCGUUCCCUGCUUCCCCCCAUCCCCUUCCCUACUUCCCCCCAUCCCCUUCCCUGCUUCCCCCCAUCCCCUUCCCUGCUUCCCCCCAUCCCUUUCCCUGCUUCCCCAUGUCCCCUUCCCUGCUCUCCUCCUCACUCUAUUCCCCCCUGCUCUAUUCCCCCUGCUCUAUUCCCCCCUGCUCUAUUCCCCCCUGCUCUAUUCCCCCCUGCUCUGUUCCCCCCUGCUCUAUCCCCCCCUGCUCUAUUCCCCCCUGCUUUAUUCCCCCCUGCUCUAUUUCCCCCUGCUCUAUUCCCCCCUGCUCUAUUCCCCCCCUGCUCUCUCCCCCCUUGCUCUCUCUCUUCUCACCUCCUCACUCCGUUUCCCCCUUGCUCACUCGGUUUUCCCAUUGCUCAUUCUCUUUCCCCCUGCUCACUCUCUUUCCCCAUUGCUCAUUCUCUUUCCCCCUGCUCACUCUCUUUCCCCAUUGCUCAUUCUCUUCCCCGCUGCUCAUUCUCUUUCCCCUUGCUCAUUCUGUUUCCCCCUGCUCAUUCUGUUCCCCCCCUGUUCACUCCCUUCCCCCAUGCCCACCCUCUUGCCCCCUGCUCACUCCCUAUCCCCCCUUCUCACUCUCUUCCCCCCUCCUCACUCUCUUUCCCCCCUGCUCAAUGUCUCCCCUGCACUCUGUUUUUUGCUGCUCAUUCUGUACAGGUCCCCAGCACCAGGUGUAGGGAGGGACCCACAAGUCCUGCUUUUUUGCUGCUGUGUAUGCAGACAAGAGUGGGAAAAGACAUAUUAUUGA